GUUGUCACGCUCGUUGUCACUGCAAAUGAGGUCAAUAUUUAUUCUCGGAAAUUCCGGAUGUUUUCUCUUUUCUUUUUCGCAAGCCAAAUGUCAAAAGUGAUUGAUUGCGAAGAAUACACCAGUAAUAGUCACUACUUCAUAACAAGAUAAUCCAAAAUUUGCAUCUGGCCAUACAAAGGUCUUUCAACUUCGGAUCAGGAGCCAGCCAAAAGAAGAAUCAGAGUUUUCCGCUUAGGAAAAAGCUUUGUUUCGUGAAAAGGGGGUAGAUGUCUUCUUCUACUUAACAAAAAGCUACAAUAACGCCCAAGGUAUUUACGAUUCUAUCACCCAGUAUUCAGUACUGAAUUACAUUUGUUUGUGCAAUGUACCGUGCAUUUUCUGAAAUCGCGUGUCGGUAGAAGUGAAGUGAAUGUAUUGCCAGUUGAAAUUUCCGUUUGCUAACUAAAUUUAAUGUCUGAAUAAAUCAAUUUGGCACAAGUAGAGGAAAACAGCAUGAUAUAAAAUCGAUCAAUUUGCGUAGAUUUUAUAAACGGAAACCAAGCGUUAGCUAUUUAUUGACGUGCCCAGGCAGAUGUUUACAGCCUAAUUUUUCUCUGAAAUUCACCUUCGUUGGUAAACAUUUUACAAGCAAUGUUCAAACCACUGUUGUUGUUAGAGAAAAGGUAAGACAUUUUUUCUAGGCUUCAAUGGGGAUGGUUCAACUGGCCUUCAUCGAUCGCAAGUCGAAAAGAACAUAUUCAGAAUGACUGAAAAAUGUUAGAUUGAUAAGAAAACGUAGCCCUGAACUGGCAUGGUCCUAAAACUUCCAAAGAAUCGGGCUCUGGAAAUAUGUUGCUCCGUUACUUCAGCGACAAGCUAUGUCAAAUAUAAAUCUGCUUGAUUUCAGCUUCACUCGCGAAAUUCAGGUUACUUACACGAUGUAAUGCUUUUCGUGUUGCCUUUGUACUUUCUCUUUCUUCUCUAGGUUAUAAGAUGGAGAACAAGUGCCUAUUAGGAUUGAUUUUUCUGUCGUGCAUUAAUAGAUGCAUUGCCCAGAGCAUUCAAACAAUCAACAACUGCACGUGUCGGACAUCUGAUGGUAACUUUUAUAGUCUGUGGCCCUUCAGAGGAACAGAAAAACCGCGGUAUGUUAAGUUUUCUUUUCUGCUUUCCAUCUUGUUUUUAAGUGACGAUGAAACGAUAUUUUUCAAGGGACUUCCAUCCUUCUAUUUAGGGUUAAUAUUAAAUUAUAUCAAUCAUAAUCAUGGAGAAUGGCUUGGUUAAGAUACAUGAAGUCUCGAUUUGCCUUUUGGGAACAAAAUCUUUAUUAUCAUGAAUUGUUCUCAAGCUGAUCGCUCAAGACUCGUUUAUAUGCAUUGAAUGAUCCGUUCUUUACUAAGAAGUUGCUCUGUCCAUGAUUCUGUUUUAAACGAAUGGGGAGCAUAAGGGGUUCCCAAUAAUCUGCGACGUCUCUUUUUGUCAAUAAAAGAGAUAAUUUAGAAUGAUAAAAACAACCUGGCAUGCACUCAAAUGCCAAAUACCUCUGAAGUUAGCAUAUGCUUUCCUCCUGGAAAAUCUUUUGCACUCCUUUUGAUAAUACCUUUGUAAUUCUGUUCUUAUAAUUUAUUUUUUUUCAUGUGGACAAUAGCUUUGAUGUUCCUGGAAAGAAGUACCCUGGUUGGAGGUAUGCUUAUAAUCCUUGUACCUCUAUGACAUUUGGACAAGAUGAUCCACACCAUGGAAAGAUAUGUCAUGAUAUCGGAGUAGGUUCAUCAGACAGCCUUUCAUUUCUAAAACUUUGCAGUGUUAUGUUGUCAUUGUUUUUGUUCUGUUGUUUCAGUAGCUUCCUGUUUCCGAUAAUUGUAGCUAUUCAGCAUUGCCAAAUUAAUGUUCUGCAUUCUUUUUUUCUGAGAAUACCUUGUUGAUUUUUCUUCGCAUCCAAGCAUCUUUUACAGAAAUUCCAAUGUUUUAAAAACCACAGGAAGCUGAUUUUUAUUGUUAAAUUUUAUUUAGAUAUGUAAAUAUCCUAAAAUAGAAAAACCGCGUGAUUACCUACAAGUUGGUGUGCAGACGGGGGUCAGAUGUGAAAUAAACGAAGGACAAAUUGGGCUGUCGUAUAAAACAGAGUAGGUAUUUCUUACAAACGAAUACAAGCCAUUCUUAUGUUGAAAUAUUCUGUCAGGCGCCAAUUUAAGUUAUGUCAUCUCAAAGAGUUGCUGCAUUAUCAGUCGACAUACCAGCCCCCUAAGGGGUUUAUUUACUGAAUACAACGAUCAGGUAUCAUUUGAUAAAAAUUCGUCUUCAAGCGUUGAAAAUCUCUGAAAUUAAUCUCGCUAUUACCAAUUCAGUAGCAAUAAACAAAAUUCAAAAGUACUUAACUUUUGCACAUAUCAUUGCAGCGAUCCGUCUAUCGACCCUCCAAGAUCAACGGUACAGCUUAUUUGUGACCAGACUAUUUCAUUCCCGGUUUUUGAACCCAAGGAUGAAGAUAGAUAUGUUAGUAUGACUUUUUAUUGUUGAUUUCUGGUUGUUGUUGUUGUUGUUGUUGUGUUUUUUUGUUUCUGAUUAUUUAUACUUUGGAAAGGGAUGUGACUCCCUCAAUUCUAUAUUCUUACUGUUUCUUUGGGAGAGGGGGUGGGGGGAGGGUGAGUAUCUGUCAAUUUUUUAGGCGGUUCUGAACUCUAAAAAUUUGACAACUAGAUAAGGAGCUGAAGUUAGAACCGGCAUCAAAUUUUUUUUGUGGGAAUUGCAAACAAAUUAUAAUGAGAAGCGAUGGAAAAAUAUACAUUUUCGGAAUAAAGUUAUACUAACCAUAAUCUUUAACAGGGGUUUCAUGUUAUUCCAUGUCAUAGAUAUUCAGUAUAAAAACCAAGUGCGCAUGUCCAAAUCAGUGUUGGCCUGUAAUAACGACGACAACAGGCUCAACGAAGGUAAUACCGACGACAACAGGCUCAACGAAGAUAAUAACGACGACACCAGGCCCCACGAAGGUAAUACCGACGUCAACUUCAAAUUCAACCGUACACAGUCCUGAAGGUAAUUGCCAAGAUUUGUUUGGACUUUGUACGUGAACGGACUACAGCGUUCCCCUUUUGUGCGUGGAUGGGAGGGAGGGGGGAGGGAGGGGGGAGCGAGGGGGAGCGAGGAGGGGCGGGAAGGGGAAGGAGAGGGAGAGGUAGAGGGAGGGGGGAGGGAGCGGGGAGGGAGGCGGGAGGGGCGGGGUAAAAGGGGAGAGGAGGGUAUUGUUUCGAAAGCAACCAUAUCAAAAGAUUGUGUCAUUAUCCUUACAUCCAGAAAUAAAAUCCGAGAUUCUAAUUUUGCAUGUUGGCGGUUGCCAAUCUCUAUAAUCUCUACGAGGAAGACCUUAUUCAGAUCAUGUAAAUGAUAAACCAUCAAUUCAAUCAGACCUGGAAAGCUUUUAGUGUUAUAGUGAAUGUUCAUGGUCGGUUAUGCUACUGUUUAUAUUGAUCAGUAUCUCAUCGAUACUUUGCAACGAAAAGAUACUUCAGCUUUCAACUAGGGAGUAUCUCUUAGCUUAGCUUUUUAUCAAUCGUGGCCACUACCCUAAAGCCACCAAUAGAAUUGUAAUUGCUAUUUCAAUUAUCAUUUGGGAAAAACAUACGUAUUUUUGCUGAAAUCGAAAAAAUGUCCGAGAUUAAGUUCGCUUAAGUUGCUUAUAAAAACUAUUUGCACACGUGCUCUUUCAUAUAUCAAAAAAUGAUAAAUUUGAGGAAUAUUUCUUUACGCCAUCUUAAUUAUUUUUAUUUUCUCCCUCUGAUGAACGUUUACCUCAUUGCAUAACGCCUCGAACAUUCAUUCCACAGAAGAGUCGAAGGUACUUCAUGGUUAACGUAUCCAGCAGAAUUUUUUUUGUAUUAUGAAGAAAAAAAAAACAAUUUCGACCUGAGUUCAUAAAGACCUUUGUUAAUUUCAGAUUCAAAGUCGUUUAAUUGGGAGCUGUGCAUUUUGGUACCGGGUCUUGCAGGAUUUUUCAUCAUGCUUUGUUCUCUAUGCCUGUGGCGGCAUUUUGCUGCUGUUAGAGAGGCAUUGAGGUGCCGAUGCUGCCAUCAUGGAGAGUGUGAACCGUUAAUAAGAAUACAAAAAAACGAUCUUGGAAAAACAGAGAAAACCUAUCGUAUCAAAAACAAACAAGGAGAUAAGGCUGUUGAACACGAGGAUUUUGGAGGAAAAGACAAAAUGGUCGAGCCAGUUCAAGAGUUAGACGUGGGAGACAAGUCUCAAACUGUUGGGAAAAAUAACGUUUUAUCAUUAAUCCUGUAACAAAAGCGAACCCUUGUUCAGGUGUUGGGUCCUUAUUUCCAGGGCUUGCCCAAAGGGCAAAGGCCAAGUAUAGGUUUGGCCUUCGUAUUUUUUUUUUCGCGUUCAGCCACAAAUCGCCCCCUGAAUUAUAAAGGGCAUCUGUGAAGCUAGCUCUCGUUAUUAAUUUUUUUUGUUUAUAAAUAGUCUUGCAGUUGUCUUCAGUUCAUAUAUCUGAGGGGUGGGAAAGAGACAGAUUUUUUUCUCGAAUGUAAGGAGAAGUCAACAGAUUUCAAAAUAGCGUCUGAUGCGAAUCGGACGGGAAAAUUAUCAGGGUGGUUCCCCCCCCCCCCCUUUUAUCAGGGUGGUUUUUCUCCCUUUUCCUCUAUCCUUGAUCAAAAAACACCUUUGUAGACCUCAAAAAUGAAAAGAGAUGUGCGAGAGAAUUAUCAGUAGGAAGUAAAAUAGCUUCGAAGCUUUAAAAACGGGAUGACAGCAGUCGUCACGAUCGGUAGUUGCUUGAUCGAAUGCAUCAAAUCAGUUUAUUUGAAGGACGAGGAGUAGUUUAGGCGUAGGAAGACUGAAAAUUUUAAUAAAAAAGCAUCCAAUUGAAUUGUCAUUCACAGUCAUUCUAAAACAUUUAAUAUUGUCGAUAAUUCUGCCGUGACGAUGCAUUAGAAACGUCUGCCUGGCCAAGUGAGACAAACAUGAUUACAACAAAUUUCCAAAGUGGCAACGAUCGAUCGUUGCUUUAUCAGAUACUUCAAAUCAGUUCAUUUGAAGGACGAGGAGUUGUUCAGGCGCCGGAAGGAUGCUCAUUUUAGUUUAAGAGAACUUCAAGUUCGAUCUAUAUCUAGUAACGAUGCAUUUAAUACCAUCUUUCGAGUUCGAAAUGAAUUGAGUCGAGGCACACUACGAACAUCUAAAAGAUUGUUUACGAUCUAAUGGGAAACGCAAUGAUUAUUUUGUGUAAAAAGUAGCAGCUAGCUGAAACACUGGUUGAAACGCUAUGAUCAAGUAUGCCCCGGUCUGACAUAGUCACACUUUGGGAAUUUGCUGUCACAAACCUCGAAUUUCAACUCGAAAAGACUUUACGAUGUUAAGUGCAACGCGAGCCGUGUGAAGAGGGUAGACGUGUGCACAAAAGUCAGGUAAUAGGGAAAAUUCGGACAUGACAACACGGGAAGCCCGAGUUUACGCACAUAUGCUUCUUGUUUUAGUGAACGGGCAAUCUUGCUUUCCUUGAGGCAAAUAUUAAUCGAAGUCUCAAUUACUAAUAAUUCGCGCACCAAAUUCCUCCCUCAAAAAAUUUCUACGUUUGAUAUGACAUGAAGUCUUAAACAUAUAACCCUCGUCAUUCACUGCUUCUGUUGUAACUUGAAUUCUUAUAGAGGGUGUAUGUAAUGGUAGAACAUGUACGGUGAGCAUCAAUAAAAUUAUCAACCAAC